AUGACAGAUCAAUAUGAUGAUGAUGACAAUCAAGAUCAAUCAAAAGUGACACAUAAAAUAGUUAGUAGAGAGGAACAAAGUAAAUACAAUAGAAGAAAGGCACCAGUAUCGAUGUGUCAAGAUGUUAGAGUAGCAGCAUUUAGAUGUUCAGAAAGAAAUCCAAGAAAUGUAAAGACUGCAUGUUCAUUGUUUUUUGAUGCUUAUCAAAAAUUUGAUGCUCCACCAUUAAAACGUAUUACAAUGAAAAAUCGUUUAAAAGAGUUGGAUGAGGAGAGAAGUCAACAAUAUCCAGUUCCAGAUACCUAUUAA